AUGAAGGCAGCUUUGUACCGCUACAUCUGCCUUCAGCGCGCUAACGGGGUGGCCAUCUCGGUGAAGGACACCCAGAAGUGGAGCCGCGAGUGGAUGAAGAAGCAUUACCCCGGCAAGGAUUGGAAUGCGAGCUCUCACUGGAGCCAGCGUUUCCGUGACCGCUGGAACCUGUUCGCCGCUGUGUCCUCUGUCCCACCCGCAGGGAACCUGGGGAGGCCUCCGCACCCCGUGGUGCUGCAGUGGAUCGCGGAGGCUUGGGAUCAAGUCCCCAAGCAGAUCAUCAUCGACGCGUUCCGCCACUGUGGGAUCUCCAGCAAGCUGGACGGAACGGAGAACCACCUGGUGAUGUCUCACCUGCGCGCCAGGAGCACCACCUUUGUCUCCGAGGACAUGUCCCUCGGGGGGACCACAGGCGACAACACGCGCCUCCACGGGAAGGCUCUAGAGGAGGAGGAGGAGGAGGAGGAGGAGGAGGAGGAGGAGGAGGAGGAGGAGGAGGAGGAGGAGGAGGAGGAGGAGGCGAUGCAGGCGGAGGGCGUGCGGGAGGUGGCCGUGGCAACUGGCCUGGAGGUGCUGUACCAGGAGACCCCCAACUACCGCGGAGCGGCGGCCGAGGCUGACCGCAUGAUCGAGCCUAGGGAGACGGCUAGGCAUGCCUGGCGAGUGCCAGACCUGCGUGUAGAGCCUGCGGUUAGUGCUGGCGAGGAGGCGCUGAUUGAGGGGGGUUAG